AUGGAGAUCGACGGCAGUGAAUUUUUGAACGAAAACUGGUGGUUUUCGUGGUUUUUCGGAGGAUCAAGGCGGCGGCUGGCGUCGAGAUGGGCUGAGGCUGACGGCGAGGCUUGCCCGAUCGUUUUGGCUCCGGUCUUGCGGCUUGUGGUGGUUGGUGACGAAAGUUAUGGGGGUUUGAAAAAUCGGCUGGAUGGAGGACGUUGCAAUGCCAAGGAUGAUCAUCAUAAACAUUGUGAACCUUCGGUCUGUGGCGAAAUACGUAAUAUAAGCUACCCUUUCCGACUAAAACAUGAUCCAGAGAAGUGCGGUGACUCAAGGUAUGAGUUGUCUUGUGAGAACAAUCUAACAGUAUUGUACUUGUAUGCCGGAAAAUAUUAUGUACAGGCAAUCAAUUAUAGUAACUACACAAUCCGAGUUGUGGAUGCCAAUCUUCAAAAGGAUAACUGCUCUUCAAUUCCCCAUUAUUCCUUGUCCAUGUAUAACUUCAGUGAUGGGGAUCCGUAUCUGGUUUCUCAAUUGAGAGGUACAGGGAGGGACUUUUUUCAUGACAAUUUUGAACUGUCAAAGCCUAUAAUUUUUUUGACCUGUGAAACCCUGGUGAAUUCAACUCUCUAUGUCGAUACUGCUCCUUGCAUUGGUUCUAUGAGUAGUUCCAAAUCCAAUAGGCAUUCAUAUGUUAGUGUUGGACGAAUAAAAGCUUCAGAUUUUAAGGACUUCUGUCGCAUAGAGCUUAUGUUUAUGACAUCGUCGCUGCGUACAAACGACAUGAACAUUUCCUACAUAGACAUCCACAAUGAGAUGAUCUAUGGCUUUGAACUUACAUGGGUGCAGCAGAGCUACAGCAUUAGGGACCUAAGCCGGUUUACUUGCUACAUCGACAGUGAUACCAACAAAGUCAAUUGCUUUUCUGAUUCAUCCGCACUUGGAAUAAGAGCUAUACUUGGGGCUCUGUGUCUCAUUGUGCUUUUAAUCUACAAAUUCAAGAGGAGGCACUUAUCAAUGUAUGUACUCAUUGAAGAAUUCUUACAAAGUCACAACAACCUCAUGCCAAUAAGGUACUCCUACUCGGAUAUCAGGAAAAUGACCAAAGGUUUUAAGGAAAAAUUGGGUGAAGGAGGUUAUGGUUCUGUAUACAAAGGGAAGCUCCGAAGUGGCCGCCUUGUAGCAAUUAAGAUGCUGGGUAAGUCCAAAACAAAUGGGCAAGAUUUUAUCAAUGAAGUUGCUACCAUUGGAAGGAUUCAUCAUGUAAAUGUGGUGCAACUAAUUGGCUAUUGUGUUGAGGGAUCAAAGCGUGCUCUUGUAUACGAGUUCAUGUCAAAUGGAUCUCUUGAUAAACACAUAUUUCUUAAAGAAGGACCCUCAUCCUUAAAUUACAAGAAAUCAUUUGAAAUUUCGCUUGGUGUUGCUCGUGGUAUUGACUAUCUUCAUCGAGGAUGUGAGAUGCAAAUUUUUCAUUUUGAUAUCAAGCCUCACAACAUUCUUCUUAAUGAGACUUUUGUUCCAAAGGUUUCUGACUUUGGGCUUGCAAGAUUAUGUCCAUUAGAUGAGAGCAGUUUAACUUUGACUGCAGCAAGAGGAACCAUCGGAUACAUAGCUCCAGAGUUGUUUUACAAAAAUAUAGGAGGAGUGUCAAACAAAGCUGACAUCUACAGUUUCGGAAUGCUGUUGAUGGAAAUAGCAGGAAAAAGAAAGAAUCUAAAUGCAGUUGCAGCUCAUUCAAGCCAAAUAUACUUUCCUUCAUGGGUUUAUGACCAAUUCAGUGAAGGAAAGGACAUAGAGAUAGAAGAUUCCACUGAGGAUGAAAUGAAAAUAACAAAGAAGAUGCUUAUAGUGGCAUUGUGGUGUAUACAAAUGAAGCCUAGCGAGCGUCCUACUUCGAUGAGCAAAGUAGUACAGAUGCUUGAAGGAGAAACUGAAGCCCUUCAAAUGCCUCCAAAGCCUUUCCUUUAUCCACAAGACAAACCAGUGGUGGAUGAUGAAGACAAUCCAGAAACAACAUGGCCAUCGUCAACACAAUCUAAUGACGACUCUAAAGACUCAAUAAGUUUAAUUCAAAAUGCUGACAAUUAGCCUGAGUACAGGUACAGUAUGCCCGAGGAAAGGCUUCAUGGCCAACAUUUCAACUCUGCAGGGGCAGUAAUGGUUGUUUCGUUUUUGGUAGGACGAAUCCUUCUUGUAAUAUAUUUCUUUUAUGAUUUGUGAACUUGUUUUCAACAGUUUUUGGUCCUUCCUCCUUUAAAUUAAAGUCAAAGGUGUCCUACUCUUCAGUA